AUGAAGACAUGUAGCCAAUUGCGAAGCACGAGAAGAGUGCCAGAUGAGCACGGGGCAGAAAAUGCCUCGGAAGCAAGCAUUCUGGGCGAUGUGCUGUCUGAAGACCUUUCCUCCGGAUACGUCACUAAGGCUGCAAAGCCAUAUUGGAGGGGGAAAGUGCACAGAAUUGCCUUCUAUUUGACAAUAUUCAUGUACAUUCUGCUUAUGAUCACGCUUCGCACCAACAAGGUAUACUUAUCGCUGUACUUUGCGUCCCAGCUGGUUCUGUAUGGGGUGAGCAGCACAUACCACAUGUCAAACUGGAAAAGCAGGCGCGCAGAGAGGCUUUUCCGGAAGCUGGACCAUUCUUCUAUUUUUCUGUUAAUAUCGGGAACGCAGACAUGUGUUGUUGUGGCAAUUAGCGAGCUGUACAAAAAUAGCUCGCAAAAUAUUUUGAAAUGGCUGCCAAUAACAUAUGUCCUGGCUUUGGUGGGCAUUGGGAAGGUGUUUCUUCUGCAAACAAUUCCUAGGUACAUCAACGUGAUGUACUACAUUCUGCACGGCACUUCUGUGGCUGUGAUUGUGCCUGCUAGCUACAUCUUGAAAGAGAAGCUGAUAGGCCUUCUGUGCGUAAUGGGGGGAGCACUGUACAUAGUGGGCGGCGUUAUAUACGGAGCAAAAAAGCCUGAUCCAUGGCCAAUGCAGUUUGGAUACCACGAGGUUUUUCAUGUUCUGACGGUUUUGGGGAACCUUUUCUUCAUGAUGACCAUUAUAUGGGCAGACUAUAGAAACAUGGAUAUCUGA